GAGGGGGGCCGGGAAACGAGACAUGGGCGAUGUUCAGUAAGUCCCGCGCGGCGGCCACAUGAACACCAACAUGGUGUACGGGGUGUGCAACGCAGACUCGGGCUACCACAGCCAGGCCUACUCCUCAGAGUUGCAACAUUACUACGCCCAGUGCCAAUCCCACGAGGCGGUGCAGGGCCAGACCUACAUCCCGCCCGCACUCACGCCCACAGAUCACCACCGUCCGCAGCACACCAGCCUACAAGACGUGCCCUCAUCCUAUACCAACCUGGAUGACUAUAGCAGCGUAUGCUAUCCUGGGCACGCUGCGGGGGGCAUGGCAGCUGCCCAGCAUCACGUCUCUCAAGGCUACGACUACACCAGCGCCGCCCACGCCGCUGUGGGCGGCCAGACGGGCGUCAUGUCGCCGGCGGCAGCGGGGGCAUACCCAGGUUACCUGGACCCCGCCGCCCAGUACAGACAUAUGAGUAUGGGUCUUUAUGCCCACCACGAGGGUGUGAGGGAGGCGUGUGGAGUGGGAGGCAUGAUGGGCGGCUCACCUCACGCCCUUCCCCACCACCAGCCCCAACAGUCAGUACCUACGUACAAGUGGAUGCAGGUCAAGAGGAACGUACCUAAACCAGCGCCCAAGACGGACUACGGCGGAUUCGGCGGUGGGACGGGACGCACCAACUUCACGACGAAACAGUUGACGGAGCUGGAGAAGGAGUUCCACUUCAACAAGUACCUCACCAGAGCAAGACGCAUCGAGAUCGCCUCGGCAUUGCAACUCAACGAAACUCAAGUCAAAAUAUGGUUCCAGAAUCGCCGUAUGAAGCAGAAGAAGCGCAUGAAAGAAGGUCUCAUCGCACCUGACCCUCCUACCGUCUCUACGCCAAGUGAAAACAGCAACGAUUCAGACUCGACGGCUAACAUCAGCAGUACUGGCGGCAGCUCUGGUGGCAGCAACGGCGGUGGCAGCAGUAGUGGUAGCGGCAGCGUCACCACCAAGCCAGAGUCUCCUGGGUCUGUAAGCAGCGGAAGCAGUGCUUCUCAGCCACUGCAGGUGCCUACCUCUGCUACCAAGUCCAAGGCGCAAGCGCUACCCGCCACCACACAGAGUCCCUCGUAAGACCACGGUCUGGGCAUCAGUGCCCUCCAGAGCUUUAACCUGAGCCCUGGCCGUGAGCGGUGGCAGGAUGAACGCCACCCAGCAACAAGCCGGGAGGCUUCCUAGCACGGCUAUUGUGCCGGGUUUGCCAAACGUUCUCAGGGUUCCUCUUAUCACACCUGGUAGUGGCGUAAUCUGGCUAUUAUACACAGCCCCGACUCUCUUAACUCCAGACGGCGCUAAUGCCCCUAAGGUAGUGAUUGCCCACACAAUCUCCCUCUCUACCCUGCACAAUCUGGCCCACCAAAUUGAACGUUUGCGAAUAUGCAAAGAGCAAACGAUACCACGAGCAGAGUCUUUGACAGUUCUGAAAUAGCCAAUCUUGCGUCCUAAGAACUAAGAGUGCCUUUUGUUUUUGUGAAAGGGAGGUGGAGUAGGGGCACUUAAAGGAGGAAAGGGAUAAGGAGAGUUGGAACCCACGAGCAAGGAAAGCACAUAGCGGGAAUGUCCUAUCGGGUAGUUGUAACUCCCAGUGAGAAUGGGCGAGUCAGUGGGUACUAUGCUAAGGGGUUGCAAUAGCUGUCUCAUGGAGAAGGGUAGACGAGGGAGAGAAAGGCACUACAGGGCACCAGGACCCCGCUUGGUGAUGUCAGUGCUAGCUGUCAUCACAUUUCUAGCUCAGGGAAUUGUCACGAUGCUGCAGCCUUCAUACUGAUCCUUCGCUUGUACAAGUCACUCACGCCUUGUCACAAGUCUGAAAACAAGGCAGCUGUGCGCUAUCGUACUGAACUUGCAUAUUAAGUACCAAGAGAUAUUAUUUUUCCUGACUGUGAAGGGAUUAUAUGUAUAGAUUUAAAGACUCGAUGAGGUGAUAGCAUGCUCUCGUCCCCAAGUCUUAGGUGCAAUAUUUUUCACAGUAUGUCGGUUAUUCACUCUCAUCAGCUGGGGACGAACUCUAGUAUUAUAUGGUGAUAUGUAAUGUUCUGCAUACAUUGAAAAAUAAUGGUGUAUAAAUAUAUAUUUUUCUGAUAAUAUUGCCAUUUGCGCAUUUCAUGCUGUCAUGUUAAUAUUCCUAAUGAACUCUUAAAAUUUCAGUGCUUUCAUGUUAGAUUUUUCCAUGAACUUUGGUUCUUUUAAUAGCUUUCAUUCAUGAAUACAGUAAGUUCAUCACUUUAAAAAGUUGUGUUAGUAACUUUAAUGAGCAUUUGCUUCAAGGACAAGUUCAGUCCUUGAAUCAAGACUACAGCACCAGCAAGGUGGUGUCUGGCUUCAAUAACAAGCAGUUGAUACGAGGACCUCAUGUACAGACACACUGACGAACUGUAAUGUGUAGGAAAAUUAUUUAACUUCAGAAAGGGUUGUACAGAAGCUGCUUGACACAGUAUCCUGGGCUGCGUGAAGACUUUGGACAUCACUAAAUCCGAGAAAGAUAUGUCAAGUGACAAGGAGUUUUGUCAGAGUCUAAACAAAAAUGGUUGUGAUUUUUUCCUAGUUAGUGUAACUAAUGUAAACCGUGUGAAGCAAUCAGUUAAUCAACCACUACAAUGUAAACAAUAGACAUGUAGCACUAGAACCGAACUCUCUCAUAAUCUAGUGCAAGAUUUAAACAACUUAGUGUGCAUAUUUUUUUUAGUUGUAAUUAAUAUCUUCGAGACUUUACUAGAUUAUUUUGAUGUUAAUCGUGGAAGGUUUUUGUGUGUAAUUUGAUACCUGAAACAUUCUCGAAUUCCGCUUGUGUGUUACUAACUCCAUCUCUACUUCUUUCUUCUUUCAGUUUCACCGUUGUUACUUUUCAUCGCCUGCAUUAUUUAUUAUUCAUCUCACUAAAUUUCAUUCUUUCCAGCCUUGCCCUCCAGCUUCAGAAUAAUUGUUCGUUAACCUUCAUCACCCACAUCUUUACCUUCGCUUAUCUAUAUGUAGCUCCUGGACCACUGAUCUCCCUUCACCGCCAGGCACUCUACACCCUUGCUCUAACCUGGGCCAUAAAAAAACAUUAGUUUUAAUAACUACCAGUUGAUCAUUAACCCACCUUGAUACUGACACGAAUGUUACUUUCAUCCCUCAGUGUAUAAACACUGAGAAAUACACAUCCUGGGGGUAGAGAGACUGUUGCAAGUUGAAGCAGCUGCUGUCCCGAGGUGCAGAAUAUUCCUUUCAUUUCAAUUUUGUAAACUUAUUAUGGAAAUUAUGCCGCCACUGCAGCUGCUUAUUGACUUCUCAAAAGUGUCUUUCCUAUAGCAGAAAAUUCACUGGGCUUCAUAAUUUAUAAACAUAUAAAUAAAUAUAUUAAAAAUUAUUUUUGCUAUGUGUGUAUGUGCGUGUGCGCGCGUGCGUGCGUGUUUGUUUCACAUGCGUGUACGCUUACUUGUAUAUAUUUUGUAUAAAGUAAUUCUUAGCAAAAUUAUAUAAAUAUAUAUAUUUAAAAAAUAUAAAUAGUCCGUAAGUACCUAUUGUGCUUUAAAUAGUGUUGCCAACCGAUGGUUAGUGUUUUACUCUACAAAUUUUGUAAGGGAGGUGCUGACCACGACGGAAGUGGAAAGCCUUGUUGUAUAGCUCCUGGGUCUGGCAACCUUUCCCCCCCCUCUCUCUCUCUCUCUCUCUCUCUCUCUCUCUCCCCUUGUCUCCCCUCCCUCAGUUAAUCUCCCUCACUCUUGUAAACGUUGAACCUUUAUAAACAUACUGAAAAAAUCGUUUACCAUAUCAAUUAUUCUUUAUCUUUCCUCACACAUUUUAUCACCCUCCUCGUGCCUCUUGUCCACUCUAGCUCCUCAUUCACUUACUCUCGUCAGCUCCUCCUCCGUUCCCAUGUAUUUUAUUAUUUACAUGUCAACUUGUGUACAUAGGCGUAUCACAAUUCUGUGGUGUAAACAGGUCAACAUCACGUGUAAACAAGGAGGUGAGUUUUUUGUAUAUAUGUCAAUUGUAAAUGUUUUUUUAUUUGCAUCAUUUUUUCCUCUAUUCAGCCAUAUCAAUGUAAAUUAUA